AUGAUAUCCCGAACUACACGUUCUCAUACAAUUUCAAACGAUGAAAUCGGUUCUCAGACACAAUCUCGAUUGUCUAAACUAUUACAACAUCAUGACCAUCAUCUUUCUCAAUUCACACCUGCUGUUCUCUCACCACUCUACUUAGCUUGUCAAAACAAUGAUGUAGCAAAAGUAAAAGAUUGUCUUACGACAAUAAAAUAUGAAGAAAUUGAUUGUCAGUAUUCACCAAAUAAUGAAACUGUUCUACAUGUUGCAACACGAAAUCAGCAGAAAGAAAUAAUAGAAAUACUUCUAUCAUACGGUGCACAACGAUCUUUAAAAAAUACAAAUGGUCAACAAGCACACGAACUAGCUGAAACAAAAGAAAUUAAGGAUCUAUUUGAACGUUCAAAAUCAUCUCGUUUUACAUUUCGACACAACUAUGAUCAGAGCCAGACAACUCCUUUAGUUCAACAUAACAUAAAAUGUGAAAGUUGUUCAUUGAUAAAUGAUCAUACUUUCUAUGAAUGGGAGUUGAUUGAUCGAAAUGCAACACAAAAAGCACUAAGAUUUCGUCGUGAAUUGAAACCGUUCACAUCGAUGAGUGAAAAAGAUUUAAAACAAAAACUUUAUUCAAUAAAAAAAGGUUAUAUUAAUACACGUGUUCAACAUGCUUUGAUCAAUGAUGGUACACGUAUACAUGAUUAUUUUAAGCGUGCAUUGCUUGAACUGGAACCCCAUUUGAUUGUUACUGCAUACACUGCUUCUCAAAGCUUUUCAGAAUUAUUAAACAAAGAUAUGGCACGUAAUGUUAUACAUGAUUUAAAGAAUGGAUGUAGUAAAUUUUCUUGUGACUGUCUCUAUUCAACAGAAGAUGGUACAAAAUCAAUUACAAAUAUUUUCUUUCAUCAUCCAAAAUUUCAAAAACUCAGUUUCAAAGGUACAGUUUAUCGUGGUAUUAUCAUAACGAAAAAUAGUCUUGAUCAUUAUAAAGUUGGUUCUUGUAUUCUUACAACUACAUUUCUGUCAACAUCAACAAAUCCUGCAGUUGCUCAAAGUUUCUGUGAUAAAGGAAUACCCAAUACAACGACUCAUUCAUUCUUCUGUAUUUAUGAAAUAUUUAACGAAGAUCAUACUGCUCUUAAUAUAUCGACUAUAUCCGAAUUUAAAAAUGAAGAUGAGGUAUUGAUUCUACCAUACUCAGCUUUUCUUAUUACAAUGAUUGAAGAAAAACAAGACAUAACAUAUAUUUAUUUGAAAGAGCAGUGUUUAACAAAUAUGAUUGAUAUUAGUGGAACACAAGAAUAUUCACUUAAAUCAACAGUACGUUUAUUGGAAAUUGUCGGAAGUCGUCUAGUACAUAACAUCGGUGAUAUGAUAUUAAAUGAAGAUAAUCAUAUACGACCCCGAUCAAAGACGAUGCCUGUAUUAAAUACAUAUUUAUAA